UAUCAAUCUUUGCGAGCUUGACCGCAAACCGUAUUGAUAGGAAUACAUGAUAGAGACCGCCCAACAGCCCUUUCCACACAGACCUAUGGGUAGGAAAUAGAUCAAGAAUACUGCGUAAGUCAAGGGAACUGGAAUGGGAUCGAGCAUUCCAAAGAAGCAUGGAGUAUCUCGUUGCCAGUAUGGCAGAAAGAGAAACAGGUGAAAGAUAGGUAUCUCAACGGCUGAGCAUAGAGGAAUGUACCGGUAAAUGGAGCACAGGCAGGAGAGUAGUGGAAAUUUUCCGAAACAUAUAGAAUGUCCCUUCUUGGUUGCCAGGGGUUGCAGGGUGAAUGAGAAGCCCUUUUGUGCAAAAAAGGACGCUAAGCAGAAAAGGGAAGGGGAGCUAUCCUUCAGAACAAACAUGAGGGAGCUUCUGUUGUUACUCUCACUUUCUUCAACAUUAGCCCAAUCUCAUUGUUCCUUUGGUAGUUUUAAACCCUUUUAGUGCUCUUCACGCUUGCCACUGGUGGAAAUUAGCAGCAUCAACGCCUGAAAGGGCAAAACGACUGCCACAGUCAACGGUAUAGUCCCAGCUUCUGAGCUAUAGUGACGCGUGGUUAAUGAGAUAACAGGCGAUGCCCGAUCAAAGGGGUGGUAGGGGCCGAGGCAUAGGAUUGACCCGCAAUAACAGCAUGGACGUUGUGGGAUCUCCCAAGCCAGAAAGAGAGAGAGCCCAUGUUGGAGAAUUCCAAUCUACCAUCAACGGUGCACGUGCAAGCCAAGCCGAAGAUGGCACCGGGCGAGCCGCACACAACCCGCAAACUCGUUCGGAAGAAACCCCCGAUGGCGAGUCAAGCAACAGGCGUCAGAUUGCCCACCAACUAAGGGUCGUCCAAGAGACCUUCGGUCUUCAUGAUAAUAAUCUUGGAGACAUUGCGACCACAGGAUUGCCCAGGGGCCCACUACGCGUUAUGAACCCAGAUCCAACACCAGACCCAAGUGAAAGUGAUGGAUCAGACAAUGGGAACAGCAGAGCAGCUAAUGGUCCCAGCGCAACCGAGAGUCGGCAGCCAAUUUCAGGAAGCGAUGACUCGCCAAGCACAAGAGCGAUAGCAGAUCGUCGUCGGUACAUCCAAGGCGCUUUGUACGCGAUGGAGGAUCCUAUAACUCCGAACAUCCAAGUCACUCAUCCCGCGGAGUAUCGGCAGCUUCAGAACGCUACCGCCUAUAGAUCCCCGGUGCCUCAUCGUAGUCGGUAUCGAAGAAAGCCUGCUGACUCUCAAUAUCGGCAGCCGCAGGCCUCUCCGCCCUACCCCACACUAGUUCACCCGCCAUAUGCACCACGACAUUACAGCUCGGGUGGUUCUCAACAAGCCCCGGUAUCAUACUCCGAAUAUCCGCGCGGCCAUGAGGUUGGACCUAGUCGCCAAGGACCGCCCUACUCGCGGUACUAUGCAAACCUUCCUGGAUUCACCGGAUAUAGAUACUCUCAGUAUGAAGAUCUCUAUCCAGACCUUUCGUCCACAUUCAGAAGAAUUUGGCGCUGGCUCGACUCUGUCGAAGACGGAUCCCCCAAGUAUGUAGCCUUAAUUGCUUUCUAGAUGGGUUGAUAAAGAGCCGACCGCUGACCUCAAGCCUAUAGAUGAAUUCAACCAUGGCUGGCUCUCUGCGACUGCUGUUGUUUGCCAACAGGCGGCAGUUACAGGAACAACGAAGAAUGCACAGGCCACUUUGUCAACAACAUGUAGCAGCAAAGACGCAAGCUUUCACGGUUCUGUUUUCUUUUCACAAUUGGUAUCAUGGUUAAUAUGGAGGAAUUCGGUGACCAGGGCUUUUGAUUUCUUUCCUGGGAGAUGAGUAGAGACAGGAAUGAGGUUGGGGGUUGAGGGAUGCCG